AUGCUCACGCUCUUUCCCUCCAUCUGCACCCUCGUUUGCAUCGCAUCAGUCUGUCUUCCAUCCUCGGCACAGCGUGCGCCAGGUCUUCUCCCUAUCGGAACACAAGUCACAGCUCAUGCUACAUUCUAUACCGGCAACUCCAACGGUGCCUGUGGUGCAGACUACCUCCCUCCAGCAGGAUUCCUCGGAACUGCCAUCUCCAGCACUCUCUGGAGCGACUCUGCUGCUUGUGGAUCAUGCUACACCGUCACCUAUGGCACUAGCACCAAACGCAUCUUUGUCACUGACUUGUGUCCCGAGUGUACAUGGACUUCUGCAGGUGGUGCAGGUUCAUCGCUUCAUCAAGAUCUCUGGCAGUCUGCAUGGACAACACUGGCUGCUGGUAAGAAUACACCGUCAUCUGCAGGUAUCCUGCGAGGACUCACAUGGACUGCUGUGUCGUGUGAAUUUCCAAGCAUCUCUAUCCACUGGAAGGAUGGUUCGAAUGACUACUGGACUGCUGUCGCACCACGCAACCACAAUGUUCCCGUCACAAAGCUUGAAGUACGUCGUACAGAUACCGCAGGCGGUGUGUGGAUGACCUUGACCCUCAACGAACCCAUGGCGCACUAUGCCAAUCCUGCAGGCGAUCUGCCUGGCACGUUGUUUGAUAUGCGCCUGACGGGUUUGACUGGGAAAGUACUCACAUUGACGGGUGUACGACGCGGUGACAAUACACAGACUUUCAAUGUCAAUUUUUAG